UCUCUCUCUUUUUCUUUUUAUUUUCAUACCAAUGAUAAAAGUUCUUUUAUUCGUUCUAUUACUGCAUUGUAUCACAGCAUCAAAAACGAUCAUUGAUUUUUUGUCAGAAGAUAAGAAAUUUGAAACACUCCUAACACACUUGGAAAAAAACCAACUUGUUGACUACGUCAAGAAAUUAGAGUCUGGUACUUUUUUUGCACCUGAUAAUGAUGCAUUCAAGCAGACAAGCAUUGAUAUUGACCGCUCUACUUUGCUCUAUCAUAUUAUCAAGAAAGGCAUAAAAGCAAAUGUCUUUUAUCAAGGUCAAUUAAGAGAGACAAUGUUAGUCCGCCCAGGUUAUUUAGUGCCCGAUAACAAUAGUGGUGCAGGUCAACGCAUUAAAUUUACCAUAGAUGGUAAGCAAGUGUUUGUCAACCAAGCCAAGAUUAUCUCCAGUGAUAUUCAAGUCAAUAAUGAGACAUAUAUACAAGUCGUCGAUAGAGUUUUGGAGCCACCCAGUUUGUUAGGCAAUGCGAUCACAAAAGAAAGUAAUCAGAUAGUUCAUAAGCUUUUGAAAUCAACAGAUAUACUCCACUUGUUAGACCAAAAGAAACCAUUUACUGUAUUCCUUACAACAAAAACAGACCCUCUGGACAAGUUCAAUAGUAUUGAAUCAUCUUAUCUUACUUCAGAACAUGGAAAAGUUGAUUUAUCACUCUAUUUUCAAUAUACCAUCAUUGAUAAAGCUAUUUUUUUGGAUGAGUUUAAUUCUGGAAAAACGACUUAUAAAUCACUCUCGGGAGAUUCGUUGGUCAUUACCUCAGAUAAAAAAUCCAUGGCAGUAAAUGAUAUACCCAUCAAGCAAGCAGAUAUCAUAGCAGCCAAUGGUGUUAUUCACUUGAUUGAAGACAGCUUUCGCCCUCCCAGCAUUCAAUUUGACACCAAAAAGUAUUUAUAUGGCUCCAACGCAACACAUAUGGUGAAUUUGAUGGAUACCUAUCAUCUUACAGAUCAUUACUUAAAUACAACAAAGCAUAAGUUUACGUUCUUGGUGCCCCCGUUAAACACAGUCAAUCAGUCUACAUUUUCUGAGCCUUGGCUGCGAUACCAUAUUAUUCGAGAUGCUUGGCCCCAAGAGAGUCUAGAAGAUGCUUUGUUAUUGCAAUCUGAAUUCAAGUCACCCGAAUUGGAUGGGAUGCGUCAAAAAUUACCUGUUUCUGUCGAUAGUCAUUCAACCUCGAUUUAUUUUGAUCACGCAAGAGCGAUAGGAGAAAGCAUUAAUAUCCAAGGUAACCUGAUUUACCAGAUUUCAGACCCUCUUGAGCUUCCUGGAGAUAUUUUUGAAAAACUUGUAUUGGACCUUGAUUUGUCUACUUUUAUUGCCACACUCUAUGUAUCUGAAGUCAUUGAGGAAAUUAAGAGUACGCAUGGUUUGACACUAUUUGUGCCUACAAAUGAAGCUUUCCAAAACCUAGGUCUUGUUGCAAAAUACCUUGUACAUUCCACUGCUAAACCUCAACUCAAAGCUGUGCUUCGGUACCACGCUGUCAAAUCCCUGUUGUAUUAUGAAGAUAUGAAAAAACGAGUACAUGAAAUCAAUACACUUGCCAAUGCCACGCUUCGAAUCAGUCAACAAGAUGAUAAAACUGUAAUUGUAGGUCGACCUGAUGCCCGUGAACGUCCAGCUGUGCUUUCACAUCCCAACUUACUUGUGUCCAAUGGUGUUGUCCAUAAAAUAUCUGAGGUCCAGAUUCCUCCACACAUUAAUAUCACAAAUCAAAACUUACUGGUUGGCAUUGAGUCUAAAGUGAUGAUGCAACUGUUGGAAAAAGCGAAUUUACUAGACACUAUUGAUCAAGACAACAUGGUAGUAUUGGCACCUUCUGAUAAAGCAUUUUCGCAUUUGAAUGUGGAGGAAUUGUUGAAAGAUCAAUAUCAGUUGGAACGCAUUGUUAAAUUGCAUAUUAUUCCUACAGCUUGGCAAAAUCGGUGGAUAGUUCAACAAAACAAUAAGCAAGACCGAAGAAGUGAGUAUGCUACAUUAUUGUCGGAAGAUGACAAAGUUGCUAUCCGCGAAAACGAAAAGGGCGAACUAUUUGCUGAAGUUAAGAAUGGUGGUGACAAUGAUCGUGCCCGUGUCGUUGGAUUAGGUCGAGUGUCUUCUGGAGGUGGAGUGAUUGAAAUAGACAGAGUACUGUUGCCUAUUCGACGAGGCUUAUUUGGACUUCCAUUUGUUUGGUCUGUUGUUGUUACACUUACUAUUGUCAUUAUUGUUGGUGGUGUGCUAAGUGUGGUAGGCUUCUUUGGAUACAAGGUUUAUAGCCGUAGAAAACUGGGCUAUAGACCAAUCUUUUAAAUAAGUAUAUACCCCUUUCCACAAGUACACAGUCCAAUUGAUUUAUUAGUAUAAUAAUAAGAAACAU